AUGUCAACCUCACAAGAAAAGCUGCAGGAGGCCUUGUGUCGCUACACCGCAGAUACUCUCACCUACAUGGACACAGUGAGGGAAUUCUGUGAGGGGAGCUCUAAGUGGAUGCUUGGGAGGGAGACGGAGGUGCAUAUGAUGAUGGACAUCAAAGACCGAGCUGACAAAAUUAACCUGAAAAUCAGCCAUGUCAAAACGGCAGAGGGUAAAGGUAAAGCCUUUAAGGAAUAUAUAAAGAGCAAGUUUACCCAGGACAGCAGGCGUGCAGAGCUGCAGGAGGAGCUGGCUGCUGUGGUGAAGGACACUCUGGGAGGCCUGGAGGAGCUCGACUGCUUCCUGGAUGCAGUGGAGAAUCUGGCGGUCACCUCACUUCAUGUGUUCACGGAGAAGAACCAGCUGUUACAUCUGCCAGAAGGGGUCAGCCCUGAACAUGUCCAGGUGGUCAUCACUGCUGCACGGACAGUCUGUCCUCUCCUCCUUGAGUUUAAACGAGAUGCCAGUGUCUUCUUCCUCCCCAAGCUUCAGAAUGUGGAAGUGCUGUCAUAUCAGCUGGACAAAUACAUAAAGACCACCCAGGAAAUAUGUGACAUAAGAAAGAAAAGCUCCUUCAGUGACUUUUCACUGAAGAUGAACACAGAAACUCUGGUGGACCUCAGUGUGGAUUUGUCUGAAGAUGACAUACAAAGGAUGUUAAAACUCAUUAAUCAGCUCGAUAAAAUCAGGAUGAACCAGAGCUUCCGGACGGUGUUCUUGUUUCAGGAGGAACCAUGCAGUGGCUUCAUCAAUGAGUUCAGUGAGAAACAUCCCAGGAUGCUGCAGUUUCUAACAGACCUGGAGGAGACUGCUGUUCAACUGGACAGGAUGAAAAAGGGGGCAAAGAUCUCCAGUGUGGCCGGCAGCUCAGUCGGGGCAGUUGGAGGUGUGCUUUCCAUUGUUGGUUUGGCAUUAAUUCCUGUAACAGCUGGAGCAUCUCUAGUUCUGACGAUGACUGGGGUGGGGCUGGGAAUUACCAGUGGAGUCAACAGUCUCGUCACCACUGGCACAGAGAUCGGAGUGAACCACAAGCAACAAAAGAAAGCCAAUGAAACCUUCAAGAACUUCAUGGAGGAUGUGCAGAGUCUCCAGGAUUGUCUGGAGGAGGUGACCCAAAGAGCAAGAAACAAGGUGGAUGCGGUUGUGGGAGUCGGCAAGGUGCUCUGUAAAGCAGGUGCUAUUGGUGCUGCUUCUGUUGCUAAGCUGUUAAAAAGUGAAGAGAUGCUUGCAACUGCUGGUAAAGUGGCAGUGCAGGAAGGAAAAGCGUUACGUAGCGUACCCAGGGUGGCAGCAGAUAUCCCAGAUAUUGCACAGGCAGCAGUCAAAGGGCCUCUUGCUCUCUCCAAGUCAGCCAUCGGGCUCAACGCGCUCUUCCUUGGCAUGGAUAUCUUCUUCAUCUGUAAAGACAGCGCUGGUCUUGCCAAAGGCAGCGAGACUGAAUUAUCACAGUUCUUCAGAGCCAGAGCUGCACUGUGGAGCUCAGAGAUGGACUCAUGGCAGAAGAUCCACGACUCCCUGACCAAAGGUCUGGUGACAUCAGAGAAAAACAAAUUCUUCCUGGAGACGCCGUUUUAUCCAGAGAGAAAGAAGAAGGAACACAGAGACACAGAAAUGGAUGAAAUACAACAAAUGAAUGAGAAAAUCUCAUGUGUGAUACAAGAAAAGCAGCAGGAGGCAAAAGCCUUGUGCCGCUACACUGCAGAUACUUUCACCAACAUGGACACAGUGAAGGAAUUCUGUGUGGGGUGCAUUAAGUGGAUGCUUGAGAGGGAGGCGGAGGAGCACAGCAAGUUUACCCAGGACAGCAGGGGUGCAGAGCUGCAGGAGGAGCUGGCUGCUGUGGUGAAGGACACUCUGGGAGGCCUGGAGGAGCUCCACUGCUUCCUGGAUGCAGUGGAGAAUCUGGCGGUCACCUCACUUCAUGUGUUCACGGAGAAGAACCAGCUGUUACAUCUGCCAGAAGGGGUCAGCCUUCACGAAGCUUCAGAAUGUGGAAGUGCUGUCACAUCAGACCUCUCAGGAAAUCUGUGUUAG